AUGGGUGUUCCAUCGUUUUUCAGAUGGUUAUCAAGGAAGUAUCCAAAGAUUAUCUCGCCUGUGUUAGAAGAGACACCUCAGAUAGUUGAUGGUGUUGCUUUACCAAUUGAUUAUUCUUCCGAGAAUCCUAAUGGCGAAUUAGAUAAUUUAUAUCUGGAUAUGAAUGGUAUUGUCCAUCCGUGUUCUCAUCCAGAGAACAGACCUCCUCCGGAAACUGAAGAUGAAAUGUUGUUGGCCGUUUUCGAAUAUACAAACAGAGUCCUGAACAUGGCAAGACCUCGUAAAGUAUUGAUGAUUGCUGUAGAUGGUGUUGCACCUCGUGCAAAAAUGAAUCAACAAAGAGCACGUAGAUUUAGAAGUGCCAGGGAUGCAAAAUUUGAAAAUGAAGCUAGAGAAGAAAUUUUGAAAGAUAAGGAGGCUGCUGGUCAAGUGAUUGAUGAAGCUGUGAAACAGAAGAAAACUUGGGAUUCAAAUGCAAUUACACCUGGUACACCAUUUAUGGAUAAGUUAGCGGCAGCUUUACGUUAUUGGACUGCCUUUAAAUUGUCGACGGACCCAGGUUGGAAAAACUUACAAGUUAUUAUCAGCGAUGCCACUGUACCAGGUGAAGGUGAGCAUAAGUUGAUGAAUUUUAUUAGGGCCCAACGAGCUGAUCCAGAAUAUAAUCCAAAUACAACACAUUGUAUUUAUGGUUUAGAUGCAGAUUUAAUUUUCUUGGGUUUAGCUACUCAUGAACCUCAUUUUAAAAUAUUGAGAGAAGAUGUUUUUGCCCAAGGCAGUAAGCCAAAGAAACAUAAUUUUAAAGAUGGUCUAGAUAUGACUGAAGAAGAAAAACAGUUAAUUACAAAAGAAGACUCUCAGAAACCAUUCUUGUGGUUGCAUAUUAAUGUUUUAAGAGAAUAUUUAUCGGCUGAAUUAUGGGUUCCACGAUUAUCAUUUCCAUUUGAUAUUGAAAGAGCGAUUGAUGACUGGGUUUUCAUGUGUUUCUUCUGUGGUAACGACUUCUUGCCGCAUCUACCGUGCUUAGAUGUCAGGGAAAAUAGUAUUGACAUUCUGUUGGAUAUAUGGAAAAGAAUACUACCGAAUCUGAAAACAUACAUGACCUGUGAUGGUGAAUUAAAUUUAGAAUCUGUUGAACUUUUAUUGAGCCAACUAGGUUCUCGUGAGGCAGAUAUAUUCAAGACAAGACAUUUGCAAGAAGUUAGAAAGAAAGAAAGCAUGGAAAGGAAAAAACAACAAAGAAUAGACAGAAAAAAUAUAUCUAAAGGACAGGAUAGACAUCCAACAAAUGUUACUGAGCAGUUACAAUUAUAUGAUACCAGUGGUGCAUUAGCUGCAGGUUCAUGGAAUUUGACAACCAGUGAUAUGGUCAGACUAAAAAAGGAAUUGAUGCUGGCCAAUGAAGGUGAUAAAGAUGCCAUUGCUAUCGUCAAAGCGCAAAAUGAGCUAAACAACAAACUUGAAAAGGAUAUUAAAGAACAAGGCGUAGAAAAAAUAAUAGAUGAAGCCAACAAAGCAAAUCUAUCUGCUGCGGAAUUAAUAAGAAAAAAAAUUAAUGCCAGAAAACAUACUCUUGAAACUGAACAAGAAACUGAAAAUGAUACCAGUAAAAAAAUUAAGACAGAUGAGAAUUCGAAAACGACUGAUACCUUGGAUGAUGAAAUAAAAAAUGAAAUCAUUUCAGAAAUUCUGGAUGAAGAAGCAGAGGAAGAAGAGGAAGAAGAGAAUAUGGAAGAAAAUGUUAAAAAUGAAAUAGAACAAAAUAAUAAGCAAGAACAUUUAUUGAGUGCUAUUUCUAACGUACCCUCCGCUAAUAUCAAUUCGGAUACCGUAAGUGGUGUGAUUGAUACAGACGAUUAUGUAAAAUUAUAUGAACCAGGUUUCAGAGAAAGAUAUUAUGCUUCAAAAUUCAAUGUAGAUGAACAUGAUAUUGAUCAGUUAAAAAAAGACGUAGUAAGAUAUUAUAUCGAAGGUGUUUCUUGGGUUUUAUUAUAUUAUUACCAAGGAUGUGCCUCAUGGAAUUGGUAUUAUCCAUACCACUAUGCACCAUUUGCAGCUGACUUUACCAAUUUGACAGAUAUAUCUAUUAAAUUUGACUUAGGCGAACCAUUUUUACCAUUUGAACAACUGAUGAGUGUUAUGCCUGCUGCAUCAGGUCAUACAUUACCUGAAAUUUUCCGUCCUCUGAUGAGUGAUCCUAAAUCAGAAAUCAUUGACUUUUAUCCGGAACAAUUUCCUAUUGAUAUGAACGGUAAAAAGAUGUCGUGGCAAGGUAUUGCACUGUUGCCCUUCAUUGAUGAAACAAGAUUAUUAAAAGCUGUUCGCUCUAAGUAUGAAUUUUUAAGUGAUCAAGAAAAAUCUAGAAAUGUUAGAAAAAAGGCAAUUUUGGUGAUAAGUAAUAAAAAUGCUAACUAUGACCAGUUUGUAAAGGACAUGUAUACAGAAAAAGUCGAUGCUGAGAAAGAGUUCUUUUUCAGUCAUUUUAAAAGUGGUCUAAGUGGUUUCGUAAGUAAAGAUACGGAAGGUUUUGAACUUAACAGUAAACUGUUGUGUCCAAUUGAAACGGAUGAUCUCCCAACUAUUUCUACCAACCUAUUUUUGAAAAUGGGCUAUAGGUUAUUACCUUUACCUUCCAAUAACAAAUCUCUUCUAUUAAAUGGUUUUAUUCCUUCAACUCCAAUGUUAUCACAAUAUGAUAUAGAUUCUAUAAAGAGUAGACAAAACCGCAACUUCUAUAGAAAUACAAGAAACUUUGGGGAUGAAAUGAAAGAAAAUAAAGUACCUUCUGGACCAAGUGGGACAACUCAAUAUAAGCCAAGAAUGGGUGGUUAUAAGUCAUAUUUUCACUUUGAAGAACAAGGAAAUAGAGCACCACAAAUGAAUACGGGAUAUAUUGGAUACAAUAAUAAUUAUGCUGAUAGUUACAAUAAUGAUAAUAGACAUUAUAAUAACAAUGACUACAAUAACAAUAACAACUAUAAUAACAACUAUAAUAAUUAUAAUAACAAUGACUACAAUAACAAUAACAAUAAUUAUAACAACUAUAAUAAUUAUAAUAACUAUAAUAAUAACUAUAAUAGGAAUUAUAAUAACCAUCAGAACAACUCACAAAGUUCAAAUCGUUAUGAUAAAGGUAAUUAUGGCCAAUUUCAAAACAAUAACUAUGGAGGACGUUUUAACCCUCAAAAUUAUAGAGGUAACAAUAACGGAAAUUAUGGAAAUAGUGGGAAUAAUUCACAAAGAGGUGGUUAUGACAACCGUAGAUACGGUGGUGGUUAUAACAAUAAAAGAAACGAGAAUUCGAACAGAGAUAGACCAAACCAAAAUCAAAGAAGAUAUUGA